UUGCCCCGCCCCCUCCGGCGCGCGCCGGCGUCGGCUGCGUCUCCGGGCAUUUGAAUUGCGCUUCCGCCAUCUUUCCAGCUCUCAGUCAGACGGCCCGGGAGACGCUUCUGGAAGUCACAUCACCAUGGCCGCCCAAGGAGAACCCCAAGUUCAGUUCAAACUUGUGUUGGUUGGCGACGGUGGGACCGGGAAGACCACCUUCGUGAAACGCCAUCUCACGGGUGAAUUUGAGAAGAAGUAUGUAGCCACUCUAGGCGUGGAGGUCCACCCGCUGGUGUUCCACACCAACCGAGGGCCCAUCAAGUUCAACGUCUGGGACACGGCGGGCCAGGAGAAGUUCGGCGGCCUGCGGGACGGCUACUACAUCCAAGCCCAGUGUGCCAUCAUCAUGUUCGACGUCACCUCGAGAGUCACUUACAAGAACGUGCCUAACUGGCACAGGGACCUGGUGCGGGUGUGCGAGAACAUCCCCAUCGUGCUGUGCGGCAACAAGGUGGACAUUAAGGACAGAAAAGUCAAGGCGAAGUCCAUAGUCUUCCACCGAAAGAAGAACCUUCAGUACUACGACAUUUCUGCCAAAAGUAACUACAACUUCGAAAAGCCCUUCCUCUGGCUCGCUAGAAAACUAAUCGGAGACCCUAACUUAGAGUUUGUCGCCAUGCCUGCUCUCGCCCCACCGGAGGUCGUCAUGGACCCAGCGUUGGCAGCACAGUACGAGCACGACCUCGAGGUUGCUCAGACCACCGCUCUGCCGGAUGAGGACGACGACCUGUGAGAAAGGGAAGCUGGAGCCCAGCGUCAGAAGUCUAGUUUUAUAGGCAGCUGUCCUGUGAUGUUAGUGGUGCAGCGUGUUUGCCACUUUAUUAUCUAGCUAAGCAGAACCUGUGCUUGAUCUGUGGGGUGCUGAGGCGAAUGGGCUUCGGAGUGAAUGUGGCCGUUUAAAAACACCUUCAUUUGUUGGACCUGCAUAUUUUGCUGUUUUGGAACGCAGUUAUUUCCUUACUGAGUUUCAACUCUAAGACUGCGGCAGCCGCAUCACAACAUUCAGUGGAGAAACCUUGUUUGUUACUGUCAUUCCCGUUCCUUUCCGUUUAGAAUCAGAAUAAAGUUGUAUUUCAAAUAUCUCAGCAAGUGAACUCAUCCCUCGUUUAAUAAGCAUUUUAAAACCACUAACAAGGAAAACUGUGCUGUUACUCUUUAGAUUGCCUUUACUAUUGUCACUUAAAGUCUGACGUUAGAUUUUUCCUGUUCUGAUUUUUUGUAUUUUCAAUCAUUUCACACAAAUGAAAUGACAGAUCAAUAGUAUUGUGUGUGGUAAGUUAAGAGGUGUAAAUACUGUCAGCGCAGUUCAGCUGAAAUAACGUCUCCCCACCUGCUUUCUGGCUACGUAGUGUCACGUGUGAAGAGCUUGUUCAGGACCGUGCGACCUGAUGGGGCACAAGCGGUACGCGUUUUAGACAUUCCAAACAGACGUUUUAAGAACUGUGUUUGGCUUUUAUUUUAUGGCUGAAGUAACCGAUCUGCUGGCACAGAGCAUUUCAAAGUCAGAUGAAGCCACUCAGAGGGUAGGCAGAGCUUGUGGGAAGUCUGAUCUGUUAAAAACAAACAUAGAUUAUGCAUUUAUUUGCUUUUUGUUUUAAUGUUAGAUGUUAAUGUAAAGAUAUUCUAGGAAGAUGUUCUAUAUUUAUGCACUGCUCUUUAAGUACUUCCAAGCUUUAAAGAUGCCAAAAAUUAAGGAUUUAAGUUAGAGCACCACAGCUUUAAUGGUUUUUUUCCUGAGUGAUUUUUGGGAGCGGUGCAAGGACGCAGGCAAAUAACCAGGAAACCCGCUACCGCGGAGGAGUAGUCCUGCCUCGGCGGUCUUCUGUGUGGUUUCCGCAGUCGGCCUGGCCCGAGUUUGAUCUCAGUGACACUAGACUGUAGAAUUCAGUUUCAAAGGUGUGAGCUAUUUUGCUCAUACAAGUAUUGCUAUACUUCAGUUUACCAAAGUUCUUCAACUGUCCAAUUUUCCUUAAAUGAUGACUUCUUACCAAAAACAGGUAGGAAAGGAUCACUCAAAUACAUGGGAAAAUAUACAAAGUGUAGAAUGGAUUAAAUUUUAAGAUUGAAGUUCAACAUCAGUAGGUUUGCUUAAAGUUUGAAUUGCUGUAUAUGCUGUGCGCUCUCCCAUUCAGAACCAGAUGUUAACAGUCCAAGGUGUGAAAAGUUUCUUCCCCAAAUUGGGAUGAAACCUCUCAGAUAACCUAAUGUAAGGGGGGUCGUGUGUGUGUGUGUGUGUGUAGAAUGCAAGUGUAACGGACACUCUGACUCUUCAAUGUAACCCUUAACUUUUGGAAGCUGCUUGUUUAAUACGGGGUGGGAAAGGGUUUACGAGUCGUUGGAAAAAAUACUGCUGCGAAAUAUAUUGCUUAUACUUUG